GCAUCGCUCCACCCCACAGUGACGAGCCUAUAAGGUGGGCAACACCCUUACUGGGGCUGGUGGGAGAGAUUGGGCUGCUGUCUUACGUGAGGAAGAGGUGUGAGUGCGGCAGUAUAGCGUCGUCUGCAGUCAAGGUGAAGAUGGAAGUCGCCGGAGCGUCCAGAGCGCCGGUCUCUGUUCUCCCGGCCGCCGCCACCACCGCCACCGCCACCACCGCCGCCGCCGAGCUCAACGUCGCGCUGAAGCCGGAGGGGGAGAGGCCGCGGUGCUCCAGCACGCCCUGCUCCCCCAUCCGAGGCCCCGUUUCGGGGUACCAGAUCCUCCACAUGGACUCCAGCUACCUGGUGGGCUUCGCCACGGGGGAGGAGCUCCUCAAAGCGGCGCACAAGCGGCCCGGCGGCGAGCCGACCGCGGCGGAGGCCUCGCCCGCGCCGACCCCGCGCGCCAAGCCGCUGGACCCGGCCCUCCACCGGGCCGCCCGCCUCUACAAGACCAAGAGCCGCUACUACCAGCCGUACGAGAUCCCGGCGGCGGGCGGGCGGCGGCGGCGGCGGAUGCCCAGCUCAGGCGAGCGCUGCCUCAGGGCGCCGGGGGCGGAGCCCGGUCGGGCCCUGCAUGGGCCGCUCCCGCUCUGCCUCCUGAGGGGCAGGCGGCCGCACUCCAAAUCGCUGGACUACCUCAACCUGGACAAGAUGAGCGUGCGGGAGCCGGCGGACACCGACGUCCUGCAGCGGCAGCUCCAGCACCUCACGCUCCGGGCGGAACGCGCGUUCGCCCGCGACAAGACGUGAGUCGCGGACGCACAGACCAAUCGCCACCGCUCGUUCAGAGAGCGCGUGCUUACAGGCCAUUAAUCCUGUUCUGUCGACUCCUGUGGGCAAUGGUGAGAUUGUGCACAGUCUGCACAGAAAGGUGUGUGUUUCAAUAGAAAAAAACAAAACAAUUGUGUGCAUUUAGAGGGCUAUUUAACACAGGCAGAUUAAGUAUUUCAGCGUAAGCAAUAACAUGGUUAUGCCUAAUGUAUGUUUUUGGGGAUUAAAAAAACCCCAUGAAAAGCUGAAUUGAGUUUUUCUGCCAUUUUAUUGCACUGAUGGCCAUCGAGUGUACACUGUGUUUACUAAACAUUACAUGAACAAUUACGGCUUAACUCACCUUAAAACCCCUCCGAUUCUGCUGUCCAGGCCUGUAUAAAUAGCCAUGUGUACCUUAAGAACCUUAAAUAUCAACUACUAAAUGGCUGUAUGUCAAAUGCUGACUUAUGCAAUCGUAUGGUUAUUCAAAAUGUCACUUUUUGAGGGGAUUUGUGUACGAGUACCUCAGUAGGGCACUCAUGUUAAGCUCUGAUCAUUCACCUGAAUGACCCACAUUUCUCCCAAGUGCAGUAACUGUAAAGGUUCAGGAAAUGAGAUGGGAUUUUGAGAUUUAACCGGAAAAUAUGCUUUUAUACAUAUACAUUCAUACGGUUUAAAUACUGAUGUGUAGUAUAUUAAUGCAUAACCUUUGAGACCAAAGGAUAACAUCUUAUUUUCCUUAGCACUGAAAGUGCAAACCAAAUACACCCAUGAUGUGGCAAAAUUUGAAAGGGAUCUUUACUUUUUAAAUGAAUUCUGUUAUGGUAAUGUGUGCCAUUUUGUUUUGAACAUUUUUCCUGUGAAAGUUAAGUAUAAAUAUUUACAUGUAGUCUGUAUUACCAUGAAAUUCACUAAUAAUUCUGUUUGUUAAAAUGAUCUUGUUUAGUUAUAAUGGGUAUUUAUUUAAUAUGAAAUAAGAGUUUGGUAACACGAAACAUUAUAAACAAAUAUUUUUCAAGAAUACAUGAUUAAUUUUUUUUUGAUGAAUUGAUGUAAUUUUCUGUGUUACCAGCUUAAAUUGAAGCCAUCGGUAUGCUUGGGGGUUAUAUUAUUGGUAAAAGUAGUAGUUGUGUGCAUUUUUCUGUUCUUAGAUGACAGGUCAUGUUCAGUGAACAAAGGUUAAUUUAAUUUCCCCCAGUACAAUGAAGUAAGGAAAAGCAAUAAAAAAAAAACCCCAUAUACUGCAACACUUACAGUAACUCUAACUUAUAAAACUUAUUUGCAGUCCAGGAUGAUUGGAGUUGUAAAGCAUUUUUUUCUUUUCUGAAGUCAAACUCCGUUUUAACUUAAUUUACUUGAGGCAAGUGUCUACUGUAUGAAUACAGACCAUGUUUAUUCACUGUCCACUCAAACAUUUUAUGGGAAAUUUAUGUGCUGCCAUUUGUGUCAGUUAUCAAUGUAAGAAUUAACCUUGUUUAGUUGUGAUUGUCUUCUUGGCUAUUAGUAUUUUAUUAGUUCAGAAUUUAUUUUUGUUUUGUUUAUAUCUUAACCAUCCCAGUUUUUGACCAGACGUGUUCCUACACAUUUUCCCGUACUGAUACAAAUAUUACUAUGUUCAUGUCUACAUUUAGAUACUGAUAAAUUGCAGAUUUAUUUUCCAUUGCUUCUAUUCUUGCACUGUUUUGACAUGUGGUACUGUUAUGAAAGUGUUUGACAAAAAAGAAAUGAUACACAUUUUCUGUACAUUUUGUACGUGUAAGACUAGCAGAAACUGACAAUUGAGUGAGUAUAGGCCAUACAGAUUAUAGUUAUGUUUUCUUUAUUUGAUGAGCUGACAUAAGGAAAAUUUUCAAAGCUGCUAUAUUAGAGUAGCAAGUACCAGUUUAUACUAAAUGGAAAUGCCAGCUCUAAUUAAAACAAUAUACUGUGACUGUGAUAAGGAUUAGGAACUGAACAGCCUGACUUGAAGAAUUUAUUUGUUUUGUUGUAUUUAUUUAAGAUGCUUAUGUGAUGCUUUGCCUCUAUUGGUAAUAUUAAAUUCAAAAUAUGCUUUGAUUUCCAAGAUAUGCACUGAAAUAUGUCUGGUUUCCUUUCCUAUCUUUUUCUGUUUUGCUCAAUUUGGUUUUGUGAUGACGAAGACAAUCAGCAACAGCUGGGCCAAUUGCCAAUAAGCCUCAGCUGUGCAUUGAUGUGGGUGGGUGUUACUGUCCAUGGUCCUGAAUGCUUUCUAGACUUUGCAAAAUCGCUGGAACCUCUACUGGUGGUUAUGAGUAAGGAUAGCAUGAUAUACGUAUGACUACAUAAAAAUGCUGCCGCUAACAUUG